AAAAGAGAACCACCCGUCAAACCUCGUACAGAAGGCAAGGAGCAACAUGCAAAACCUCAAGAAUCAUCUUAUGGAAAUCCUUUCCCACAAAACAAUCCAUUUCAUUUCCAUUUUAACAUCCAGAUGCCGAUGAUGCCUCAAUAUAUGACGAUGCCUCCAGAUAUGACGAUGCCUCCAGAUAUGACGAUGCCUCCUAAUAUGAUCAUGCCUCAACAGAUGAGGAUGCCUCAACAGAGGAUGCCUCCAGAUAUGAUGAUGCCUCCAAAUAUGAUCAUGCCUCAACAGAUGAGGAUGCCUCAACAGAGGAUGCCUCCAGAUAUGAUGAUGCCUCCAGAUAUGAUGAUGCCUCCAAAUAUGAUCAUGACUCAACAGAUGAGGAUGCCUCAACAGAGGAUGCCUCCAGAUAUGAUGAUGCCUCCAAAUAUGAUUAUGCCUCAACAGAUGAGGAUGCCUCAACAGACGAUGAAGUCUCAACGGAUGAUGUAUCCAAACUCACAAUCUCAAUCCACAACCCCCAAAAGUUCUAUUUCUGCCAAAUCUACAAAUAAGAAACGGGGCCAGGAUUGGUGUGGCCUUUGUGGCAAAUUUUUUUUCCACCUAUGGAGACAUUUUACUAACAAACAUCAAACCGAGCCACAUGUCAUCUCACUGAUAAAGCUGCAAGCGAUAAACAUAGAAGAAUUUGACAGCCAAUGGGCAACAUUAAAAUCAGAAAUGCUUAAGAAAAGUGGACUUGUAGAUGCUCAGACAAUCAUAUGUGAUUGCGGCACGAGGUGCAAACGCUCUACUAUCGCACAGCAUAUUCGUUUGUAUUGCCCUAAGAACAAGGACAUACUAAAUCGAAGAAAGAAAGUAAAAGAACUGAGAUCAAAAGCGUCUUCCGAUGACUGGCACCCUAAAUUGUUUAAGGAGCUGUCUCUGAGCAUGAAAAAAGAUGAGGUCUAUCAUAUUGGAGCUAAAGAUGUCAUUCUUGUGAAGUAUAUAACAAAUGCAUUGGAAAACCGGACUGAUCAAGAUGACUAUGGUACCAUCAAAACUAGAUUUAGGAUGAUCUCAAAGAUACUUGCCGCGGUGUCGGAAGCUGCAGGGAAAGAACUAAGUAUGGUGGAAGUCCUUAAUGUCAAAAAGUACUGGAAUAUUAUGAAGGAUCUUGGAACUGGUAAAUUGAAAACUGACUUCUUCAACUUCAAAGCAGUCUCAUUACAGUUUCCGAAAGCCUUGGGAAUUAUGGCAGCACAGGCUAUAAAGCAUUUACGGGAAACCGGCGGUGAUCCAAAGCUGAUAGAAGAUGUAAAAGAGUUCCAGCUCCACAGGAAUGAGUACUGGAACCAGGAUGUGGGGAAGAAAUUAUCAGUGGAGAAGAAGAUCUCGAAAUUUAAUAAAGCAUUAGUGAUGCCUACCAAAUCUCUUGUAAUUAUCAGCAGUGCUUAG